AGGAGCGCCUUGAAAUGGUUAUUUUCCGCUCUGCAUCCCUGUAUGCACCAUGCACCCAAUUAUGUGGUGUUUAUAUUACGGUGUAAAGUGUUUGUAGUUAACUAGUAACUGGUUUUUCUCUCUUCGUUUCUCUUACGCGCGUGUUUCGUUGUAAAUUAUUUCAUAUUUACGAUGUCCGAUGAGUCCGAAUAUGAUGUGGAGCCAGAAGAGCUUGAUAUUUACAAGAGAAAAUACCAAUUACUGUUGGAGAGAUGCGAAGUCUUACAACAGGAAAAUGAAAGAUUGGUCUACAGAAUCCAGAAAGUAAGGAAGCUCCUUCGACGAACAAGGAAAGAGAAAAAAUUCUUGAUCGAUCGAUUGGAUCGACAUGGAGAUCGUUGGCGGGAAGCUCCGAUGGGUGUGCUCGAAGAGAACAGUGUGUUUCAAACAACUCCAAAGUCAGAGAAAGGAGGGAAAGGUACCUUUCACAGUGCUAAAGAGGAGAAACCCAGAAAAGGAACGAAGAGAAAGGGCGCGAAAGCUGAUCCAAACGCACCGAAGAGACCCGCUAAUCCUUUCUUUCAAUUUUGUCAAGAGCAAAGACCUCGUGUGAUGGAACGUUUAGCUGGAGAACCGGAGCCUAGUAAACAAGAACUUACUAGGCAACUCGCAACCACUUGGAAGUCUCUCAGCUCUGAGGAUAAAAAAGUAUAUUACGACAUGUAUGAGAGAUCCAAGGAGAAAUAUGUUGCCGAGAUGCAAAUAUAUAAUAAGAAGACUGAAGAUGCGCCAUGUCAACAAAUGUCACUAAAUAUAACGUAAUAUUUAGCUGUAAUGGAUAUAGAUUACGAAGGAUUUAUCCUUCUUGUGAUCAAAGCUUUGUAAGGCUGGCAUGAUAGUAAAAUUAGAGGAACCACUUUUAUGGCCGUUUAUAGGUAGCCUCGUGUAUCUCCUCUCGAUUCGCGAGUACGUCUAUUGCGAAUGUACCAGUAAAUACAUAUAUCGAUUGAUACAAAUAGACAAUGUGAGGCCAAGAAAUUGAAAUAACUUAGAAAUUUUGACGCAGUGAUAGGGUUGUACAGUAUCGUGAACAUAAGAGAAGUAAAAUUCUAAUUGGAAUUCAGAAAAUUGAAUAAGCGACAAAUUAAUGAGAAAAGAAUAAGCAAAAAGUCUAUGGGUAUAUAUUUUUUUUUAUUUAAGGAUAUAAUUAUAGGAUGCGUUAUAUUAUAUCAUACGUGCGAGCGUGACACGUUCGAUAUUCAUUUAGCCACCUUCUGUAUGUUUUACAUUUUAAAUUCAUCGACAUCAACAAUGUAAAUACUUGAUAAAUAUAAAAAGGAAGACGUUUUGUCGAGAA